ACAUAUUUCCUUUCGUCAUAAACGAGAUCGCCGGAACGACAACCGCAGUGGAAAUAGAUCCAACUGGGUUUUUAAUAUGAAGCUUUCAAAACUAGUCUUGGCGAUAUUGGCCACGCUCAGUUGUAUGCUCGUGGCAUUCCUCCUCUUUCUUCAAGGAAUCAGAGCUGAUGCCAACAGUGGUAACACAGACGGAGUUUCCAAUGAUAAGGUGUUACGAAGGGAGAAACGGUUCUGGCUUUAUGAUAAGUUCAAAAACAAAAAGAUGUUUCAGAAGUACACAGAUGACAGUCUAUCCUCAGAAACCGAGAAGCUGUGGGUAAAAUUCAUUAAGAGGAUGCAUUACGACUUCGCGAGGACCGAAGGUGAUAGUGUGGAGUUUCCCUGUAAAAACGAAAUCUCACAGAAAAUAGCUUCAGAGUACCCCAAAUCUAUAUACCAAUGGUCAGUCAACGAAUACCCUAUUGUCAUGGAUGCAUCCCGGAUGUUUUUAUUCAAAGGGACAUUUUCAAUCAGGGAUUUAAACUCUGAAGACACCGGUGUGUAUGUAUGCUUAAUGGAAUACACCAAGAAGAAUUUUAAAACGGUUGGGGUGUAUGCUUUGACAGUGAAGACAGAAAAGCCCUCAAAAAGUGUCCGUGAAACAGAGACGCUGGAGCUCACCUGCCACAGUAAUGUUUUGUCACAGAUGUACCCUGAAACAAACGUAAAGUGGUUUUUGAAUGACACAGAAUAUAAACCAGCCAUAAAAACAAACACAAGCGAGAAAGUUAUUGUUAAAAAGAUACGAAGAAGUUCGGCAGGAAAUUGGACAUGCGCAGUGACAGACCCGGUAACAAAACGAACGUGGCAUACAGCGUGGUACAACGUUGCCGUAACUCCACCUCCGCCGUUGUAUGAACGGUUGUACAACAUUAUGCUGGAGUACAAGUUGUACACGGGUCUGGUCGUGGCUGGGGUUGUGCUAUUUGCGGGUUUGGUACUAGGUGUGUGUAUAUACACUGCCUACAAGACGAAGGGUAGGAAUAAUGAGACCUUUGGGAAGAUGAAAGAUAAAAUUAUGUCCAUGCAAACGAACGAUAUGUUUGGGCUGAAUAAUUUCAAAGUUGAUUUGUUGUCCGAAACUUCCGAUGAGGAACCUGAUUCAGCAAGUGUCGGAACCCCUUCGUCUUUUUCUUCUGAUUCUUGUGAAUCGAAAGGUUCAAGCUCUAAGUUUAUUUCAAAAGCGAAGACUGUUUCUUGGAGUAGUGAGUGAGAGAGUAGUAAGUCAAAAUGUAACGUCGCAUCGGCAUUUCAGCCAUAUAGCGACGAGACCAAGUUAAUAUAUUCACAAAUUCUUGGGGGCGGUCGGGAA